AUGAUGGCAGACAUACUGGAGCUGCGGACGGAUGGAAACUCGCUCCUGAAGGCAGUGUGGCUCAGACGCUUGAGACUCACCAGGCUCCUGUUGGAAGGAGGCGCAUACAUCAACGAGAGCAAUGAACGCGGAGAGACGCCGCUCAUGGUGGCCUGCAUGUCCACACACACUGACCAGCAGAGUGUCAGCAAGUCAAAGCUGGUGAAAUAUUUGCUGGACAACCAGGCCGACCCCAACAUACAGGACAAAGCGGGUAGGACAGCGCUAAUGCUCGCCUGCAUCCACAAGGCUGGACAUGAGGUGGUGGAUCACCUGCUGAGCAAUGGAGCUGAUCCCAGUCUGGAGGACAGGAGCGGGGCCUCAGCCCUGGUCUACGCCAUCAAUGCAGAUGAUAAGGAGACACUAAAACUGCUUUUGGAUGCAUGCAAAGCUAAAGGCAAGGAGGUCAUCAUAAUCACCACAGACAAAUCACCGUCUGGCACUAAAACUACAAAACAGUACCUAAACGUCCCCCCAUCACCAGAGCUGGAUGAGAGGUCCUCCCCAGCAUACUGCACCUCUCCGUCUGAUAUUAAUGUUACUGCAUCUCCCACAGCUGAGCAAGAGCAACAAAACACAGUCUUUAGUUUCCAGACAAAGCUGAAAACCUCCACCACGGCUGUGAAGCUCGCCAACGGGCCCACGUCUCCAACGCGCCGACCUGCAAACCCCAAACGUGCACGUCUGCCUCAGCUGAAGAGGCUGCAGUCGGAGCCUUGGGGGCUGAUUGCUCCUUCAGUUCUGGCUGCAGCCGCCGCCCAUGAGGAGAGUAAGAAAGCCAGCUCUGAUGAGGAUGUGGUAGCAGGGGUGAACGGACUCUCUUUGAGUAAGAGGUCAGCUCUAUCUCGACACAACAGUGUGGAUGGAAAGGACAGCUUUUUCCCUGUGGUGGGCGAACAACCCUGCAAAAUGACAACCUCACUAUCAGUUCCUCCAACAUCCAAAGCGUCGUAUGAGAGAUCUCUCGGCCAGCACCAGCCGCUGGCACGGCGCAGCACCGUGCCCACGGAGCAGGAGAGCAGCAGCAGCUGCAGCAGUGGUCUCGCCGGCCUGAGAGACACAAUGCACAGGAGACGUCUGGGCAACGAUCACUAUGACUCUGACUCACAGCUCUAUUCAGACUCUGCCAUGUUAGACUCUCCCAAGAUCCCAGUGGAGCGAAGGAAACUAAACACAUCUCCGCUAGCGAUGCUGACCAGCUCCAGAGAAUCGAUAGACAGCAACGCCAGCCCAUCCUCUCCCAGCGCAGCACGCAGGCGUGCACCUGGCCUCCUGGAGAGGAGAGGCUCAGGCACGCUGCUGCUGGACCACAUCUCCCACACCAGGCCGGGCCACCUGCCCCCUCUCAACGUCAACCCCAACCCUCCCAUCCCUGAUAUUGGGGCUAGUAGCAAGCCCUCCUCACCUCUGGCCACAGGUUUUAGAUCCAUAGCUCCAGUAGCACCAAACACACCAAAGAGAGGCGGACUCAAGUCCAAGAAGAAACUUGUGAGAAGGCACUCUAUGCAAGUGGAGCAGAUGAAGCAGCUUUCUGAUUUUGAAGAGCUGGCUCAUUAG